UUUCUCUCUCUCUCCUUUCCAAGAUGACUGCUAGGCUAAAGAAGACUCGAAAACUGCGAGGCCAUGUGAGUCACGGUCAUGGUCGUGUUGGAAAGCACAGGAAGCAUCCUGGUGGCCGUGGAAAUGCAGGAGGACAGCAUCAUCAUAGGAUAAAUUUUGAUAAAGGUUACUACAAGGUUCUUGGCAAAGGUCUUCUUCCCAAACAACCAGUGAUUGUUAAAGCAAAGUUUUUCAGUCGCAGAGCUGAAGAAAAGAUCAAGGAAGUUGGAGGCGCUUGUGUCCUUGUGGCAUAAAAAAUUAUGCAACUGUACAAAAUAAUAAAAGUUUUCUGGUUGGA